UGAACAACAACUGACACCAUUCUCUUUGUAUUUAAAUAAACGGUUUGAAAGUUUACAAUUUCCAAAGUGCAGCAUGCAGGAAAGACUGCAAAAAUUUAGACAAAGUUGGGAAAACUUGUCAAUGGAAGGCAAAAUGUACUACUCCAAAGAAUGCAAAAAACUGAAAAAAACUCAAGAAACUUUAAAUGUAAAUAGGCAAAUUCCUUCAAGUAGUAAAGACUCAACUCUGAUUCAGGUCAAAACCCAACUCCCUGAUGAAAUGGUGCAAAAAGUUUCAGUACCUAAAAGGGAAGUUGAAGAUCCUUCAUUGUUUGCUACACUGUCAAGUAAGAAACAGGCAAAACAACAGAAAAAUAAUGGAACAUCAUCUGGUAAAGGUUUACUUGAUCAACACACCAGCAAAAAGAAAACAAAAAAGAGGAAGAGACAUAAGGAACCAACGGUAAAGCAAAUGAAAGAGAGGCUAGUACUAUUAGAAAAGAUCUUACCAGAAAAAGAAGCAAAACUAAAAGAGCUUGAAGACCUAUGUCAAAAGCUGAGUCAAGAAAAAGAAGCUUUUGCUGAAAUCAUUGAUGAUUUAGCACAAGCCAAAAAGGAAACCUAUUCUACUUACUGUACGGCAUGUUUUCAAAAAUGCAUUGGAUCUAAACCUCUCAAGAGUAAAUAUUUUUGUGAACCUCAGGAAUAGUAGAUUUUGGAAGGAAGAUGGAUCAAGGCAACAACCUGAAUUCAAACACAAGUUUUUUUAAAUAGUUCAACAGGUACUGGUCUUUUGAAGUUAGUAGGUCUACCUUAGAAACCAAUGAAUAAAAACAAAAAUAUCAGUCACAAAUGUGAUCUUAAGAUUCAGGACCAGUUUUUUGUGCUAUAUUUGACUACACACAUUUUUAA